AUUAGCUUUAAGCCAGAGGACAGAGAGAGCAGAGGGAAGGAGGGAAGGAUGCUGAACCGAGGCUGAACUGCUGUGAGAUCGAGGUUUACUCGUGUCCUGCUGGUGGUAGAAAUCAGUCAUUCAGUGCUUUUACCAGUUAGAGGAAGAUCUUCUGCUCUGAUUGGCUCAGAGGAAGCUUGAAUUCUUUAAUUUAAUAAUGCACCUCGUGAUAAAAGACGGGGAGCUGCUGAUCUAUACUCUAUGUGGAUUUAAUCCGUCCUGCAAGAUGAUAUCUACAGGUUGUUGUUUUUUUCCGAUAAGACACGAUGCAGGUAUUCACUCAUAUGCAGUUUAAGAUGCUGGGCUAUGCUUAGACCAUCCUAAGGAGGAGUUUCAGAGGCAGUGGUCGUCCAUGUGUGGGAACAGCUGAUCAUCUCAGGGAUGUUCCCCAGAGGAGUGAACCAUCAGUGGACAGGAUGAUCCCCACCAAUCACAGACGAGAUCUGCAAAAGAAGACUUCACAGAGUCCCAAUGUUGGGAAAUGUCUACGCAAAACGCUGCAGAAGUGCCUCCAGGGACCAGAAGAUGAUCCUCUUCAUGACGUGUCACCGGUCAACAUCAAACCAGACUUCAACCCUUCAGGGGAAAACCGAAGCUCUGAGUGCCAUGAUGGUAGUAGAGCUGUGGUGGGCGCUGUGUCCCGGAUCAUUGAAAGGAUCAGAAAUAAUGAAGAGGAGAAGAAAAUAGAAGAUGAGGAAGCAGAGCAUGGCUCUAGUAACCUGGUAGAACACAUCCUGAAAGAAUUGAAAGGCAUCACCAAGAUCCAGGAGGAGAUUUCUGACUUGAGGGAGUAUCUAACAUCUGUCCGAGGCUCGGUGGAUGAGGUGUCUAGUUGUGUGGAUGCAGUUCUCAGUGAAAUAGGAGAGCUGUACUCUGGAGCUGCAGCUCCUCAUCCUAGUCCUGUUCCUCGAUCACCACGCAUCAGGAGAGGAAGCCUGGAUCGACAGAACGCCAUCACAGCUCUUCAUGAGACGGACCUCAGUCCACCGUUUAACCACAAAGAGUGUGAAAAAAAUCUAAGAUGGGUGUUAUCUCACAGAUCAGCCAAACAAUGGCCAGUUAAUCAAGGAACUCUAAGAUCAGUCCAUCAAACAGACCGAGAGAACUCAGAGCAGAGUUCAAACAUGCACAUACGAAGCCAUCCAAAACCCGUUCCGUCCUAUCUGGAGCUUCAUGAUGGUCACAACUACCAGAGCACCAGCUCUCUGUCCUCCUGUCUGAGCUCCAACUGUCCAGAAGCUGGCUUUCUGUCUGCUGACACUGACUAUGAACGGUGGCUUUCAGCUGAAAUGCUGCACAGUGGAAGUGGAGGAGGAGGAUGGAGUGAGGAGGACAUCUCCUCCUGUGCAAACAGUGGAGAAGAGCUAGAGAACUACCAAGGUGUUUGGAACAGGUGUGCCACCGAGGAGACACAAAGCUGCACCCCGGGUCAUUCUUCUCACAACAGUUCUGAGCACCUCUCGUUGUUGUUUGGACAACAUUACAAUUCUCCUUCCAGUUCUUCCAGUGUGGUGGACUGGAGGCCUCUCAGGCUCCAGACAGAGGAGGAGAACCUGGAGUGCGACUGUGCUGCAAACUGUCCGUUUUCCCGUAGUUCUGGUUACCACACCAUGGAUGUCUGUCCACAGGAGCUUGGCAGUGGUCCUUCCAGGAGCCUGAGCUGCUCCACGGUGCUGCUGACCGAUGGUGAUGAUGGUCUCCUGGAGCUUCAUUCACUGUGUGAUGAUUGUCCAUCUUCUGGGGACACUCUGGACCUGGGGUCUGCUGAGAGUUUGGACAGAGAGUGGACGGAUCACAGCGUUUCCAGGGAGGAUGUAGGAGAAUCUUUGUCCUCUGAUGUAGAUUAUCAGAGCACACCCAAGACCCCCAGUGUGGGUUUUCAUGUGACUACUUUUAGUAAGGCUGUUCUCACGUUUAAGUCAGCUUUGAAAGGAGCUUUGAAAAAGUUGGAAGGAUCCAACCCUGAAGGAGAUGAUAGUGGGACUGAAGCAUCUCAAUCCCAAGUCAGACAGUCCAGUGAACAUAAGGAGGAACAAAGCAGUACAGAUUGUACAGAAGGAGAGGUCAGUCUGACGGAAAAUCACACCGAAUCUGCUACUACAAAGGAGGAAAGUGAGACUUCUGUCUGUGUGGAUUGUGGUGAGAUUAAUGAGAAUCUGUCAGGAUCUCUUCAGGAAUCUCCCCAUGAAACCGAUCUGUCUCCUUGCACUGCAGAUGGCCAUCACUCUGCAGAGAUUUCACAGGGAAAAGAAGACUAUCCAACAGAUGGAGAGCUGUCCAUCCUUCACUUAACACCAGAUCACUGUCCUGCACAGCAAAACGAAGCUCCAGAAGGUCCAGUGUUCUCCACAGAUGAGGGGCACUUAAGUCCAAUUAGGGAAAACAACAUUCCUGAUGAAGUAAAUCCAGCAAAGCCAACUGAUGCCAGUCACAGAGAACGUAUAGCUAACUUCCAGCGCAUUCUGAAGGAGAAGAGGCUAACCCGCCACAGACUGUCCAGAUCUACCCACGGCUCCCAGUCUCAGGACGAGUUUAUCCCAGAGUUUGGGAGAGAAGAUAAUCAGGUUCAAGGUGAGGAACCUGGUGCCCGACAGGCCUGGGCUGAACCAGGCGGCACAUCUGCAUCUGGACUGUAUGGGAUUGACAGCAUGCCCGACCUACGUAAAAAGAAGCCCAUCCCAUUGGUUAGCGAUGUGUCCCUUGUCCAAGCCAGGAAGGCAGGAAUCGCAUCUGCUAUGGCGGCACGAUCCUCCAUCAAGGAUGAGGAGCUGAAAAAUCACGUGUACAAGAAGACCCUGCAGGCUCUCAUCUACCCCAUAUCUUGCACUACACCCCAUAACUUCGAGGUGUGGACCGCCACGACGCCAACGUACUGCUAUGAGUGUGAGGGACUGCUGUGGGGAAUUGCUCGCCAAGGCAUGCGUUGCUCCGAAUGUGGGGUAAAGUGCCAUGAAAAGUGCCAAGAACUGCUGAACGCUGACUGUCUACAGCGUGCUGCGGAGAAGAGCUCUAAGCAUGGAGCUGAAGAUAGAACUCAGAAUAUCAUCAUGGCUAUGAAGGACAGGAUGAAGAUCAGGGAAAGGAAUAAACCGGAGAUCUUUGAGCUCAUCAGGGAAGUGUUCGUCAUCAGUAAAACCGUUCAUGCCCAGCAAAUGAAGAUCACCAAACAGAGCGUGUUGGACGGUACUUCAGGAUGGUCGGCCAAGAUCACCAUCACAGUUGUUUGUGCUCAAGGACUUCAGGCCAAAGACAAGACAGGAUCCAGUGAUCCGUAUGUCACUGUCCAGGUGGGCAGGACCAAGAAGAGAACCAAGACCAUUUAUGGAAACCUCAAUCCAGUCUGGGAGGAGAAGUUCCACUUUGAGUGCCACAAUACCUCAGAUCGAAUUAAAGUUCGCGUUUGGGACGAAGAUGACGACAUCAAGUCCAGGGUGAAGCAGCGUCUGAAGAGGGAGUCGGAUGAUUUCCUCGGCCAGAGCAUCAUUGAAGUUCGAACGCUGAGCGGAGAAAUGGAUGUCUGGUAUAAUCUGGAGAAGAGGACGGAUAAAUCGGCUGUAUCGGGGGCUAUUCGUCUUCACAUCAACGUGGAGAUCAAAGGAGAGGAGAAAGUGGCUCCAUAUCACAUUCAGUACACCUGUUUACAUGAGAACCUGUUCCACCACACUACAGAUGUUCUCGGUCAGGGGGUGGUGAAGAUCCCGGAGGCUCGGGGAGAUGAUUCAUGGAAAGUCUACUUUGAUGAUGUUCCACAGGAAAUAGUGGAUGAGUUCGCCAUGCGCUACGGGAUCGAGUCGAUCUACCAGGCCAUGACACAUUUUGCCUGUCUGUCCUCUAAGUACAUGUGUCCUGGAGUUCCUGCAGUGAUGAGCAGCCUGCUGGCCAACAUCAACGCCUUCUACGCCCGAACAACCGCCUCCAACAACGUGUCUGCCUCCGACCGCUUCGCCGCUUCAAACUUUGGAAAAGAACGCUUUGUCAAGCUUUUAGACCAGCUGCACAACUCCUUGCGCAUUGACCUUUCAACUUAUAGGAACCACUUCCCUGCCAGCAACAAGGAUCGUCUGCAAGAUCUGAAAUCCACUGUGGACCUUCUAACCAGUAUCACCUUCUUCAGGAUGAAGGUCCAGGAGAUCCCGUCUCCACCCAGAGCCAGCCAGGUUGUGAAGGACUGUGUCAAAGCCUGUCUGAACUCUACAUACGACUACAUCUUCAACAACUGCUACGAGCUGUACAGCAGACAGUACCACCCUCUGGAGACGAUCAAAGACGAACUCCCGUUGGAGGAACAGGGUCCGAGCAUCAAGAACUUGGACUUCUGGCCCAAACUCAUCAUGCUCAUCGUUUCCAUCAUUGAAGAAGACGGGAACUCCUACGGACCUGUGCUCAACCAAUUCCCUCAAGAACUGAAUGUUGGAAAAGUGUCAGCGGAGGUCAUGUGGACACUGUUUGCUCAGGACAUGAAGUACGCUAUGGACGAGCACGAGAAGCACCGGUUGUGUAAAAGCACAGACUACAUGAAUCUGCACUUCAAGGUCAAGUGGCUCUACAACGAAUAUGUGAAGGACCUGCCGGCGUUUGACUCUGCAGUUCCCGACUACCCAGCAUGGUUUGUACAGUUCGUCCUUCAGUGGUUGGAUGAAAAUGAAGACGUGUCGAUGGAGUUCAUGCAUGGAGCUCUGGAGAGAGACAAGAAAGACGGAUUCCAGCAGACCUCUGAGCAUGCUCUGUUCUCUUGCUCGGUGGUGGACAUCUUCACUCAGCUCAACCAGAGCUUUGAGAUCAUCAAGAAACUGGAAUGUCCUGAUCCUGAUGUCACGGCUCAGUACACCCGCCGUUUCUCCAAGACAAUAACCAAAGUUCUCCUGCAGUACAGCGCCAUCCUCACCAAGAGUUUUCCUUCUUAUAUCGACAAGGAAAACAUUCCGUGUGUUCUCAUGAAUAACGUGCAGCAGUUAAGAAUCCAGCUGGAGAAGAUGUUUGAGUGGAUGGGAGCCAAACAGAUGGACUCGGAGGCCAGUGAUCUGCUGAAUGAGCUGCAGGUGAAGCUGAACAACGCCCUGGAUGAGCUGACCGGUACAUUUGGGAACAGUUUCCAGAGUCAUAUCCACGACUGCAUGCGACAGAUGGCGUCUCUGCUGUACCAGGUCAAAGGGCCGCUCAACGCCAACACCAAGGCUCAGGUGGACGGAGACUCUGACAACGUGCUGCGACCGCUCAUGGACUUCCUGGAUGGAAAGCUGACUCUGUUUGCUACCGUAUGUGAGAAGACCGUGUUGAAGCGUGUUCUCAAAGAGCUGUGGAGGAUCGUAAUGACCAACCUGGAGAAGACCAUCGUGCUUCCACAGAGCAACGACACCUUCGGAGCCCAGUUAUUCUCAGCUGCUAAAGAACUGGGUCAGCUCUCCAAACUGAAGGACCACAUGGCCGGGGAGGCCAGGAGUCUGUCUCCCAGGCAGUGUGCCGUCAUGGACGUGGCUCUGGACACCAUCAAGCAAUACUUCCAUGCAGGAGGAAACGGCUUGAAGAAAACCUUCCUGGAUAAGAGUCCAGAGUUAUCUUCCCUCCGUCACGCCCUGUCGCUCUACACUCAGACCACCGACACUCUCAUCAAGACCUUUGUGACGUCUCAACAAGCUCAAGGUCCAGGAGUGGAGAACCCCAUCGGGGAGGUUUCUGUCCACAUCGAGCUGCACACUCAUCCCUCCAGUGGAGAACGGAGAGCUACUGUGAGAGUGGUCCUGGCCCGGGAUCUGAAGUGGCAGACAUCUGGCAUGUUCCGGCCCUUCGUGGAGAUCACCAUGAUCGGACCGCACCUGGCCGACAGGAAGAGGAAGUUCCAGACCAAAUCCAAGAACAACAGCUGGUCGCCCAAAUUCAACGAGUCCUUCCAGUUUGUUCUGGGUUCGGUGAACGGCUUCGAGUGCUACGAGCUGCAGGUCUGCGUUAAGGACUACUGCUUUGGCCGGGCUGACCGGGUGGUGGGUUUAGCCGUGAUACAGCUGAAGGACAUCAUGUGGACGGGGAACUGCGCCUGCUGGUGUCCUCUGGGAGAGCGAGUCCACAUGGACGACAAGGGCCUGACGGUGAUGAGGAUCCUGUCUCAGCGCUCCAACGACGACGUGGCCAAGGAGUUCGUGAAGCUGAAGUCUGAGAGUCGCUCAGCAGAGGAGGGAAGAUGAGGAUGGAUGGACUAAAGACAGAUUAUAUGAGACAGUUUGGUUCAAAAAGCAGGAACUCUUUCCAUGUGUGUUAGCUGCUGCUGACUGUAGGUGGCGCUCUGAAAGCUCACAGACUUCUCACUCUGGGUGUUUGGACCACAACCCUCACUGUUCCUCAGAUAAUUAUCCACCCAGCGACUGGACGGCACCGAGACACCGAAGCUCCACUCAGCAGAUGUUUCACCAGAUGUUUAACCCUCUCCUGACCCCCCAUCCUCACCUGCUGGACCGGCUCAGAGCCACUGUAGGGUCCAGCCUGUCCCCCUCAUAACCCCAUCCCUCCAAACCGUGGCCAAGUGUUUCAUGCCUUACUCUGUGUAAACUGUGAAUGUCACGUGAAGCUUCCUGUUAGCUGUAGCUCCUCUCUACGGUCUGAGGAAAUGUGAAAAAGGAAGAAGUUAAAGUUGAUGUUCCAGGAGACGGUACCAGUGCUAACCUGUGGUUUUACCCGUUAACGUUAAGGAUCGGUCGGUUUAAUGUGUGCCUUGCUACUUUCCACUCAUGUUCCUCCAGAAAAAAUCAGAUUUAGUUCAGAAACAUUACAAACUUUAACACAGAUUUAACCACGUUCCUCUAUUAACAACUCAACUUAUUUAUUUUUUAUACACAAAUACAUAUUUAUUUUUGUGUGUUUUUCUUAGAAAUCCUGUGAUUUCAGAUGUUUACUGCUGGAAAAGGAUGUGUCUGGACUUGCACAGUUUAACGAGAGCUUCUGAAUACUCAUGAACGCAGCGUCUCCAUACGAUGACAGAAGUCAGAACAGAAACUACCAAGGGUUUGUUUUAUGGGAUUAAUCAUUAAAUUGGCUGAAGAGAUCCCUAGAAUGGUUCAUUCAUAGUGAAAGUAAAUCAUUCAGGUAAAAUGAAGAUGUGAACAACUGGAGUUGAUGGGAGUGUAGAAAUAUUUCAGUUUUUUUCUUCCUGCUCUGUUUUCUUCUUCUCUGUCUGUGAGGCCUUAGUUUAUGAAAAAACAAAUAAACUUCUUUUUUACUCAUUUUCCCUCCCAGUAAUCUCUGAGUUUUCCAGGUGAACUUCCUGAUGGGUUUCUACUUUCUGAUGACACUAAGAUGUUCUAUUGAUGGAUUUUCUUUGCAGUUUGUUGUAUUUUGUGUUGUGUUCAUCUGAUUUUUUUUAUUAUUUUUAACGUUUCCCUGAAUUCUCUGUGGAUGAUGUUUCAGGGGUAAAAUACGGAGCGAUGCUUGUUGUUCUAAAACAUUAAUGAAGGUAAAAAUAAGCAGAUAAAUCCUGUUUGUUCUGAACCCUGUGAAUAAUUCAUGCUGUCAGAUUCCCUGUGCCAAGUGUUCACUUUGUUUUUUAAAUUAUGACAUGUAUUUUCUAAAUCUGUUAACCUGCACCACCACUGAUAGUUAACACUUCAUCACCGUAUUUUUGUCGACUUUUCUUUGUAUUGUUACGACACCAAUUCAUGAGUUUUAUAUAAAGUAUUUGAGAACGA